AUGCCUUCCAUCUGCUCACAAGAAUCAGAUUUUUCAUAUAGGAUAAAGCAUAAGAAAAAUGAGACUGCUGUAUUGGGAGGAAAUGUGACCAUUUUCUGCAACUGGACAGCUCAAGAAGAUGUUGUGCAAAUUACAUGGCAGAAAAUUCAAGAUUCUUCCCCACAAAAUAUUGGCACUUAUAGUAGUAAAUAUGGAGAAAAGAUUCUUCCACCAUAUGUAGACAGACUGCACUGCAAGAUCCUUGAACCCAAUUCCUCAUUCAUAACUAUCCAGAAAGUGACCUUUGAAGAUGAAGCCUGCUACAAAUGUCUGUUUAAUGUGUUUCCACAUGGCAGCCACGGAGGAGAGAUCUGCCUUAACAUUUUGACUGUAUCCAACUUAACAAAUGAGAACCGAUUCAUCUCUGACUCUGAAGGUUCUCUUGAGCUUAUUUAUUCAGCUGUGGGAAAGCCUGCUCCUCAAAUCUCUCUUUUCCCCUCACAAGUCCUCAUGAACCGACCAAAGGAAUACCUUGAUCAGAGCCAGAAUGGCACAGUAACCGUCACCAAAAUAUACACUGUCUCUUUGGAGACUGUGCGGUUCUUGGGACUCCAACACCUGAUUGUGCACAUGGAUCACCCUCUGAGGAAUGAAGAGAGAAUUGUUCCUCUGUCAGUAAAACAAGAAUGUGCUACUGGUUCCUCUUCUGAGUGUGUGCUUAUUAUUAUUCUCUCCAUUUUUUCAUGUAUCUCAUUAAGCAUUAAUGUUGGUCUAUGUAUUCUUCUCAAAAAGAAAACCCCAGAGGACUCUGGAACUUACUGAAAUAAAAUGAAUCCUCAUCAUUACUGCCAGCGCAAGGAAAGGCUUCAGUAAGGAGAAAC